AUGACCAAAAUUUCAGGUAUAAUUAGAGCUAUGAUGAUGAUUUGUUAUUAUGUUCAGUUAUUUUUGUUAUUUUAUAUGAUAUGUUGUGUGUUUUCAUCAGAUAACUGUAGUGUAAAGUCUAGUGAAUGUGGGUAUAAAGGAGAAUGUAAUGGUACUAUAUGUUUAUGUCCAUCAGGUUAUAUUUUACAUCAAAAUAAACGAGAUUGUCAAUCAGAAUUAUGUUUAUUAAAUGAUUGUGUAGAAUGUCCUAGUGAAGAUAAAUGUUCUAGAUGUGUGAAUUUUAUAUCUCGUGAAAGUGGAAAAUGUAUAGAACAGUGUAAUGGAAAGGCUAAAAUAUUAUUUGAAGGACCAUAUCAAGGCAAUGUUUGUACAGUUACACCUGAUGAAUCGACUGAUAUUGUUAUAGCUAUUGUUGCUGGUGUUUCUGCUAGUCUCUUAUUGUUGAUAAUUAUCUCCCUUGCUGUCUUCUUUUAUAUGAGAAAAACAAGGUAA